AAGCACGGGUCUCGAUGCAAACCAUCUUAAAAGAAUUGCUGGUCUGACGGAGAUAGUCAAGGUAGCUACCAGAGCUGAUGUAACUUUAGACUGGUGUUUGAAUGUGUGAAUACAAUUCUUCAUUUUCAGUUUGGCGGGAUGCUGUUGAAUGGUAAACAACAGCCAGUAAGAUAACCGAGACAGAGCGGGGUAGCUUCUUUGGUCCCACUGAUAACCACAGUGAUUCAAUCGAAGAGUUUUCAAAUUCCUCAAUUCGUCUACAAUAGAUAUUGCUAUUUAUGUAGGCACAAACACCUCCGCCGUUUGAAACCAGUCUAUCGUUCCUAAACGGAUUGAAAUUGGACAAGGAUACCAAAUUGUCAGGAAUUGCAGGAGAUAACCAAGUCUCUGUAAUGCAGACCAUGUCCGUUUGGUUAAAAGACACCACAGCGUCAAGUUCGUCGACCUUGGAUGUCAAGGAGCGGAGAUUACAAAUUAAAAGGUUUGGUAUUUUGGUGGAGGGUAACGUAGACUCAAAUUUUAUGCGUUCAAGUGUAUCAGUUUUCUGGACUGAAUAG